GUAUUAUUUAUUCAAUCUAUCAUUCUCUUAUGCAUGCGAAAGAAGGGAGUAAGGAGGUUGCUAGAGGAUGUUGACAUGAAGAGUAUCGAUGUGACAUAGUCGUACGCGGAGAAGAAUUUGCGACAUGAUCUCAUUGGGAAGGCCGUUGACAGGACCACUGGCUUUUGCAAUUUCAAAAUUCUCAAUGACGAAGAAGAGAGGAAUUCACAAUAGGAUCUCAGUGGAGAGGCCAUCGACGCUACCGAUGGUUUGUGCACUUGAACCCCUUAACAAAGAAGAAGAGUUGAGGAAGUCAGAACACUAUCUUCUCAGGGAAGGGAAGGCAUCAAUGUGAAAUUAAAGGGUGUCGCUGGCUGCCACCCUCGCCAUCUAGCUCCCUUAGGUGCUGCUAGCCUUUUCCCUCACCAUCUAUCCCCCUCAGGUUAAAUAAGGAAUUUUUGACCAUCUCAACGAAAUGCUUCGCAGUCACAAAUAAGGGUUUGCGACUAGUUUUGGGAUGAAUAAUGUUAUUGCAAAGUGGCUGUAUUCCUCUUGUGUGCCUCUAGUGGGAGAGUCCAUAUUAAGUGGAACUCUAGUGAGAUGCAACUCAAUCCACUUCAUAUUCAUCCACAAUUUAUCUACGGUUAUGAUUUAAAAAUUUCUGGAUCAACUGUAUGGGUUAUACGGAUGUGAUUAACAAUGCUGGAAUAAGCUCAAAGUCAAGGUAAAGACCUAAGCUCCGUACAUGGUAUAGCUCUUUUUUCAAAAUAGCUAAAGUUGCCCAAAUGUUAAGCAUUCUACUAUAGCUUUGAUUCACAAAAACCUUAAUUCUAAUCUCAUUAUUGACUUUAGACCAACUUUUUUUGUAAUGACGUUUACAAAUUCAUUUGUGAAGUUUAUGCAAAUAGAACUAAAGUCAUCAUUUUUAAGAUUAUAAACCCAGCUUAAGCAGACUUUGUGGAAGGUAGAGACAUAAUAGAAAAUGUUAUUUUAUUUUAUUUUAAUUUUUAAGUUAGACAAUGUUAUUUAGGUACAAACAUUUCUGAGUAAGUUUAAGAAAAAAUUUGGUCUUAAAGUUUUUUGUGCUAAGGUUGGCGCACUACAUGGGAAGGCUUUUGACCAUGUUACUCAGAAAGAUUUGAUUGGUUGUCUUUUGCACAUUGUCUUUCCCAACUAUCUGUGAAUUAGAUAAGUGGUUGCAUACCUUCUAUACCUUUCCUUGUUAUUAUAAAUGGUCAGUUGCAUGGAUGUUUAAACUCAAAUCCGAUCUCAGGCAAGGCAACCGGUAUCUCUCCUGCUCUCUUUUUUAUAACAAUGGCGCUUUUAUGUUGUAUAAUAAAAGAGAAAUGUGACGACAAUAGCUAUAUAAUUAAUAUUCAUAAUGAGAUAUCUGUUUCUCAUUUGAUAUUUGUUGAAGAACUACUUUUUUUUUUCUUUGCAUGCUAAUGAGGAUACUACCUCUUCUUUGCUAUCUUCUUUGACUCAAUUUAGAGAAAAUAUUUGACUUAUAAGUUAAUAUAAAAAAAUUAAAUAUUAUCUUUCUCGAUAUGUUACCAACUUUGGCACUUUAUCCUCCUUUGUGGUUUUGAUCUGCUAUGUCUCUACCUUUUAAAUAUCCUCAGGUUCCUUAUCUGUUCUGAGAAGUUGAAAAUGCUGGAUUGCCCACCACUAUUUGGCAAGCUUAAUUUUUUGGAUAGCAGAGCUACCUGCAUUUCUGAAGCUGCUCUUAAAAUGAUAAAUGAUCAAAUAUGGUUUCAUCCCACGUUGUGGCAUGGUGCUGUUCUUAAGCAUGCCUACUCCAAGCCAUGGAGGACUUGCAUUUGAGAGAAGCCCAGGCUUGAAGGAACUGGAGAGGAGAACACAAACGAAGAGCUCUCCAUUGAUGCAACUGAAAAAAAUUUGUCCAUCAAUUGACAUUCAUAGGAGUAGCUCAAGCCUCACUCUAUCCUCGCUUUCGCUCUCGCAAAACUCGAAUGAUUCCUCCUUCAAUAGUUCGAUAUCGAGCUUGGAUCACAAGUUGCCAUUCUCGCUCCGACGAAUUUUUCGUUCAUGGGGGAGGAGAGAGACUUCAGUUGGUGGGGUGGCUAAGGGGAGGUUGGAUGGUGCAGAAUUUGAAUUAUUGAAAGAGAGGGAAGAAGAAGAAGAAGAUUUUGGAAGAGAGGGAUUGGGGUGUGGUGAGCCUGCAAGCUUGAAGAGGUGCAAUUGGAUAACCAAAAACAGUGACGAACUGUAUGUAUCAUUUCAUGACGAGUGUUGGGGCGUGCCCGUUUACAAUGACAGGAGGCUUUUUGAGUUGCUUGCACUGUGUGGAAUGCUGAUUGAUCACAACUGGACAGAGAUUCUCAAGAGAAGGGAGCUAUACAGAGAUGCUUUUUCGAAGUUUGAUUAUGAUGUUGUUGUAAAAAUGGAAGAAAAUGAUGUGAUGGUCAUUAGCUCAAACAAGGAACUCAACUUAGCUGAGAGCAGAGUAAGGUGCAUAAUUGACAAUGCCAAAUGUAUACAAAAGGUAGCAAAGGAGUUUGGAUCAUUCAGUAGGUACAUAUGGGGUCAAAUGAAUCACAAACCAAUGGUGAACAAAUACAAAUACCCAAGAAGUGUUCCUCUGAGGACUCCAAAGGCAGAAGCCAUAAGCAAAGACUUGGUGAGAAGAGGAUUUCGCUUGGUUGGUCCUGUUAUUGUUUAUUCCUUCAUGCAGGCUACAGGAAUGGCCAUAGAUCACGUUGUUGAUUGCUUUAGAUUUGGAGAAUGUGUGAGGAUGGCUCAGAGAUCUUGGGGACUAACAACUAUGGCUGCCUAGUUAAUAAUAAUUAUUAUUAUUUUUGCAUUUGUGUUUGUAUUUAUGUCAUGAAAUGUGUAAAACAUGUUGUUUUGUAAUAGUAUUUAUGGAAUAGAACAAUCAUCAAUGUAGGUUUGGUUCAUGCAA